AUGAACCUCAGAAUGGGAUCAGCCGGCCUAGAUUCCGCCCUCGACACCCAGGGCCUCGCCGACGAGCAGCGCGGCCUCCUCGAGCUCAUCGACAAGCUCCAGUUCGCACAACUUGACAAUGUCAAGCUGCCACAAAUAUGCGUCGUUGGCGAUCAGUCUGCCGGCAAAUCCUCGGUCCUCGAGGCCAUCACCGGCACCCCGUUCCCUCGAGAUGCAGGCGCCUGUACCAGAUUCGCUACCGAGAUCCGCUUACGACGCGCGCCCGAGACCAGCUUGACUGUCUCUAUCAUCCCAGACAAGAACCGAGACCUGAAGGCACAGGAGGCUCUGCGCAGUUUUGGCGGGAAUGUGGACCACCAAAUGGAUUUUGAGCAGCUCAUGAGAUAUGCCGUCGACCUGAUCGCGCCCAAGAAUAUCCCUGGCCGUUUCGCUGCCCGGGACAUCCUCGUCGUUGAGAAGCGAGGCCCCGAUAUGCCCCUGCUGACGUUGGUCGACUUGCCCGGGCUUGUGCGCAACGCAAACAAAGACCAGAGCCUGGAUGACAUCAAAACCAUCGAGACGCUAUGCGAGCGCUACAUGAAGAGCUCGCGCACAAUCAUCCUCGCUGUGGUUGGCGGUAACACCGAUUACGUCCAGGCACCGAUUCUGACCAAGGCGAGGCAAUAUGACCCCACAGGGUCGCGUACCAUUGGCGUUCUCACCAAGCCCGACCUCACCGAAUCCAUCGGUCUCGAGGACAAGUUUAUUGAUCUGGUGAACAACAAGGACACGGCCAACUACUUCCAGCUCGGGUGGUAUGUCCUGCUCAAUCCUGGUCCCCGCGAAGCUGGCCAGGCCUGGCCUACGGCACACGAGCGGCGCCAGAAGGAGGAGGAGUUCUUCGGCAGGGGCAAAUGGCGCUCUUUGCCUGAGUCCAUGUGUGGUGCCGAUGCUCUCAAGCAGAAGCUGAGCGUGCAACUGCAGCGACACAUUGGCCGUCACGUCAAGACGCUACGACGACAGAUUCAGAAGGCCCUGGACGACACCGAGACGGAGCUGAAGUCUAUGGGCGAGGGAAAAGACACCCCAGAAGAGAUGCGAAUAGAACUCGUGGAGCUCUUCAGCGCUUCCAAGGAACUCGUCAUACCUGCUGUCUACGGUUUCUACAAGAACCCGCCUGGCAAGACUUUCUUCCGCUCCACUGCUGACCCACGAGGCACACCGGCGCAGAACCUGCGCGCCAGGGCCGCCGAGGAGAACGACGCCUUCAGUAGCCGGAUCAGGGAACACGGUCGGAAAUUCGGGUUCUCGCAUGCACCGGCGGGAGGCAAGGACUUGUCCGAGGAGCAAAAGCAAAACUACGUCCGCCAGGAGGUCCAGACGCUUCUCAACCAGAUUCGUGGUUCUGAAUUCCCGGGUGAUGCCAAGCCUCGCGCUGUGUACAUGCUCUUCCAAAGCUACUCUGAGUAUUGGCCCAGGAUGGCACAGGAGCACAAGGAUAACCUCGGCGUCGUAUGCAACGAAUUCCUGGCCGAGCUGAUCGACUAUUCGUGGCCAAAGCGAAUGCGCGAGCCCCUUCGGCGCGAAUUCCUCGACCUGCAGCUAAAGCUGCUCAUGGACAAGGCCCAGAAGGAACUCGAGUUGCUCUCACAGGACAUGCACCUCGAGGUCCAGCCAUACGACCCUGAGUACGAGGAGAAGCUCCGCUCGUGGCAGGCGAGGUCGCUGAGCGAGGAAGGGGCGCCGCAGUGGUCCGAGGCACAGGAGGUGCUCGAGAAGAUGCUGAUUUACUACGAAUUAUCAGCAAAGUCCUUUAUCCGCAACACUAUCGUGCAGGUUAUCGAGCGGCAUCUUUUGCAGGGCAUGUACAACAUCUUUGAGUCCCUGCACGUACUUAAGAUGAGCGAGGAAACUAUCCUCGCCAUCGCGGCCGAGAACAAGCAGACUCGCGAGCGCAGAGUGCUUCUUAAAAGCCGGAAGAGGGCGAUCGAGGAGGCCAAGGAUAUAUGCGCCAGCCUUGCCAUGCGCAAGGAGCUGAGGGCAUAUGCCAACGAGGCUGAUGAUUACGAGGAGACAAGCGAUGAGGAUGGUCCACCAAAGCGUCGACCGAGCGCCAACGGCAGCCGACAACCAAGCACCGCGUCCGCACCCCCGCCCCCGAAGGCCAGGACGCAGAGGCCGCCCGCGCCGCAGCAGCAGGCGAGCCGGCCCGAGGUCCACACCAACGGCAUCCUGCCGGCGUCGAACAACCCUUACGCCAACGGCAUGAACGGCGAGCACUACAACUCCCACACGCCGACACCAAGCAGCAGCAACAACAACAGAAGAACGGUGGAGAUCGAGCCAGAGGAGGACUUCUAUACCGCGCCAACAUCGGCGCCGCCCCCACCGCCUCCCCCGAGGCCCGACAAGGUCAGGCCCGGGUCGGCUAGGGAGCAGGAUGACAUAUACAGUGGAGACAGUAGACGUGACUCCUCUUCAGGUACGCACCAGCGCCAGGGUUCAAGGUCCGCGGGAUAUUCGCUGACAUCGUCGCAGCUCCGCGAGAUGAAUAUGGGUACCCGGCGGUAG